AUGGCGCCUGAUGAGUACUCGGGUGGAGGCGGCAAACUCAAACUGAAGGGAAGUAGAGUGAGCGAGGGGCGAGUGGAGAAGAAGAAGAAUAAAAAGAAGGAGAAGAGUCAGAAGAAAGCCGAACAGGCCGAGCAGGCUCAGCAGGGUGAUCGCCCUGAAACAUCGCUGACACCUCGAGACGGCGACGAUGACGGGGACCGAGAACGAGACGGUAUUUCCCCGGGGAAUGCUGGCGGCGCUGCGAAGACGGAGACGGAGAAGAAGUAUGAGGAGACGAGGCGGAAACGGUUGUAUGAGCGUCUCCAGCGAGACGGCAUCAAGACGCACAAGGAGCGUGUCGAGGAGCUGAACAAGUACUUGAGUCGGCUGAGUGAGCAUCAUGACAUGCCGAAGAUUGGACCGGGGUAA